AUGACUUAUCCAGACCACAUUCCAACCGUUAGGAUGUCACCGCCGCAAUUCACCACAUCAAACAUUGAUAUCAAUAGAAUGAGGCCUCAAUUCCCAAUGAACAGUGAACAAUUUGAACCGCGUUCAGAAAUGGAUAGUUCACAUUCCUUCAAACGGCCAAGAAUGUCUGACAACAACCAUUCUAAUGCACUGAUGAAGCCUCCUCCAAGGAUGAAUCAUCCUCCACCAAACAGACGACCGGGCAACAUUUUCUUCAAGACUCGCAUUUGUUUUGAUUUCGGGUUUGGUAGCUGUAGAAACGGUGAAAACUGUAGCUUUGCUCAUGGGGUUGAAGAAUUAAGGCAGCCACCACCAAACUGGCAGGAGGUUGUCCGUUCUCGUACUGAAAAACGGCUGCAAUUGAGCGGGAAUUGGAAUGAUGAUCAGAAAAUCAUUCACAAGAUGAAUCUUUGCAAGAAGUAUUACAAUGGGGAGGAAUGCCCUUAUGGUGAUAAUUGUCGCUUUCUUCACAAGGAUCCUGCUAAGUUUGGAGACGAUUCUUGGAAAACAAGAAAAGAGUCCUCUUCAAUCAGCAAUUCAACUAUUGGUAAUAACUUGGAAGACAAUAUGACUGUGACCAAGCCACCUAGGGGCUCUUAUUGGAAGACUAAGCCGUGUCUCGAGUGGAAGCAUACCAGGAGCUGUCCCUUUGGUGAUUGCUGUCACUUUACUCAUGGAGAUGCAGAGGUACAAGUUCCUGGUGGAGGCGUUGAAGCUGAAGCUGCAGUUACCAUAGAAAAUUCAACAAAAGCUGCCAUUCCAACACUACCUGCAAGUGUACCAGAGGCGAAGGAAGAUGAGAAGAAGACUAAGAAGCAUUUACUUUGGUUGAAAUUAAACAAGAUAAAUCGCAUCUAUGGUGAUUGGAUUGAUGAUUGACCUCUCGAUCUCCUGAGUUGAAUUCCGUGCUCUUGAAAACAGCCCUCAUCUGGAUGAGAAUUCUUGUCUAUGAUGAAUGGAGUUCAAUUCAUGUUAGCUAAACAAAUAUCCUGCAAGUAAUGUGCAUCUGGCUGGUUGUUGGAGUUUGAAUGUUAAGAUAUUUCUCUAUUGUGAUUGUCAUAAUUGUCUUUCUACA